GAAAGGCGAAAGGAAAGGAAGAUGGCUGCCAGUGUGCUAGCUACCAUUGCUACCCUUCUUGCUUCUACUGUGGAGUAUUAAUGUGAAGUUGUCAUGGAAAUGCAGAAAAGACCUCUGACUCCUGAGGAAGAUGCUCUUGAGCACAUAGUUGCCUGUAGAGACAAACCUUUCCUGGAAGAAAGGUUUAUAGAUUCAUUUAAAGGGAGAGGACUGUUCACCCACAAAACCGUUGAACCCUCCACGUUUGUUGUUGAAUAUCGUGGGAACAUCUUUUGUCACAAAGACACAAGGCCCAGGGAGGAAUGUGGUGAUACUCUGAACAAUUAUUUGUAUGAGUUUUCGUGGAAAGGAGCAAACUGGUGUAUCGAUGCUUCUGAAGAGGACGGGAGCCUUGGAAGACUCGUAAAUGAUGAUCACAUAAGUCCCAACUGUGAAAUGAGGAAAGUUGUUUGUGAGGGGAAGCCACACUUGUGCCUUUUUGCGGUGAAAGAAAUAUCUCCAGGCGAGGAGAUAACGUACAACUAUGGUGAUUCCUCUUACUUGUGGCGCUCAAGGGAGUCCUUUGGUGGAUCAAGUUCUUCAAACACAGACUUUUUUGCCACUUCAUCAACACCAUGGAAUGAAAGGCUUGAGGACUCAGGAGCUUCCAGCAGUGAGCAGUCCUGCUCUGACGACAACGAUGAUGAUGAUGAAGACGAAGAAGUACCUAACAGUGGACCAAGCCAUGAUAGUGACAGCUUCACCAACACCAACAGUCAGCUGGAUUUCAGAGACAGUCCAUCUUUUACUGAGUUUGAUUCCUCUCAAGAGCCUUCAGGUUCCUUCAUGCUGCAGCCAGACGAUGCUUCAUGCAGUCAGCAGGAGGAUGAAGCUGCGUUGGACUCUGAUGAACAGGGCGCAGAUGAAGACUAUACACCCAGUGAGCCCAAAAAAACAUCUUUCACCAAUAAAAAUUAUUGUUAUGUUUGUGGGAAAGGUAUUUCUAAAUUUGCUCGUCAUCUUUUUAAGCAUGCUGAUGAAGAGCCUGAUAUCGCUGAAGCCUUUGCGUUACCCAAAUUCUCCAAGGAACGAAAAAGGUUACUGGACAGGUUACGAAACAAAGGAAACUACAAUCAUAAUCAGGAGGUGUUGAAGAAUAACAGCGGAGAGUUAAAAGUGAGAAGACGACAGACAACCGUGGCAACGAGUGCUAAAACAUGUGUACACUGUCUAUAUUGUAAAGGCAUGUUUAAUCGUAAGAACAUGUGGAAGCAUGUGUCCAGAUGCACUUCGAGGAAAAUGUUAAACCCUGAAACACCUGGCAAGACAAGGGUCUUAAGUGAGAUUGCUCUUGCUGAGUCACGAUUCUCCCAACAACUUCCUUCUGGUGUGUGGAAUAUGUUUUCAACUAUGAAACACGACCAGAUUUCUUUUGUAGUUCAAAACGACUACCUUCUGAUACAGCUGGCUCAGUACUUGACAGAGAAGUAUGGAAAUAAUCUAAAUAAACAUGAAUACAUCAGACAGAAGCUGAGAGAAAUGGGGAGACUCUUGUUAGCGCUGCAUGAAAAGUCAAUCUUCAACUUUGAAGAUGCCAUCAAACCCCAAAACUUCUACAAAGUUGUGGAGACGGUCAAAGGCAUUGCAGGUUUUGAUGAAAAAAACCAGGGUUAUGACAAACCAAGUCUGGCUUUGAAAAUAGGACAUUCACUCAAAAAACUGUGCAGGAUUGCUCUCAGUGUGACUGAUGACAACGAGCGGACGAGAGACACAAAGACAUUCAUGACACUGUGCACAAAAGAAUGGAGUGAACUAGUCUCCCAAACAGCUGUCGCUUCACUGAGCGGACGAAGAGUAAACAGCCCGUCCACCAUACCGUUCACACGCGACAUGCAGACUUUCUACAGGUACCUAGAAGCAGCAUCGGCUUCUGCCACUGACAGCCUGAAGAUGCAUGAAAGCCCACAGGUGUACAGGGCACUCUGCAGAGUGACGCUUGCACAGGUGUCAGUCUUAAACAAAGGUGCACCUGAGGUUUCAAAAAUGACACUGAAGUCAUUCCAGGAGAGGGACGACGCCGCCCAAGUGCUGUCCAAACACUUCAUCAGAAUAAAUAUCCUGAGCAAGACAGGCCAGAAUGUUGCUGUUCUGUUGACAUCUGAUCUUGUCAGUGCAUUAACGCUGCUCAUAAGCAAGAGGAUGACGUGUGGCGUACAUGAAGGCAAUCCUUUCUUGUUUGCAAAGCCGGACUUUUCGGCUUCGAGCCUUUACCAUGGAGGGCACUGCAUCAGGGCUUUUUCAAGUCUGUGUCGUGCAAAAAACCCAGAGCACCUCAGGUCGGUGCAUCUUCAGAAGCACAUAGCAAGAGUUUUCCAGAUUCUCAACCUGGAGAAUGAUGAGCUCGAUCACCUGGCCAAACUGCUGGGGCACAACAUUCGGGCUGACAGGGAUUACUACCGUUUGCCAGAGGCAGCUGUGGAACUGGCAAAGAUUUCGAAACUACUUCUGGCGAUGGAAAAGGGUUCUCUCGAAAGAUUCAAAGGGAACUCUCUGGAUGAAAUUGAUAUUGAAGAUGAAUUGGAGCCAGAUGUGGAGCAGGGAAACCCUAAAAACAGUGAUGCUGAAGAGGACAAUAAAGAAUCAGCUGUUUUACUUCAGCAGAAUGAUGAUGUGAAGCAACGAGGAAGACAGCUGAGUCCUGAGCAAGAGGCCCUGGAGCACAUAAAGUCUUGCAGAGACAAACCCUUCCUGCAGGAAAUGUUUAUUGACUCCUUAAAAGGGAGAGGUGUUUUCACCCAUGAAUCCAUUGAACCAUCCACCUUCGUUGUUGAAUAUCGAGGGAACAUCUUUACUCACAAAGAGACCCGGACAAAGAAAAGUGGUUAUACUUUGAACAAUUAUUUGUUUGACUUCUCUUGGAAUGGAACAAACUGGCGCAUUGAUGCUUCGUCAGAGGACGGGAGCCUUGGAAGACUCGUGAAUGAUGAUUACAAAAGUCCCAACUGUGAAAUGAGGACUGUUGUUUGUGAGGGGAAGCCACACCUGUGCCUGUUUGCAGUGAAGAAAAUAUUUCGAGGCGAUGAGAUAACGUACAACUACGGGGACUCCUCAUACCCCUGGCGCUCAACAGUUGUCCCUGAUGAUGGACCAAGUAACAGUUUUACCGGGAUCAACAACCGGCAGUGUCAGAAUGUGAAGACCAAUCCAGAGUCAGGUUCCUCUAAACGGCGGAGAUCUGUGCCUGAACCCAUCAACGAUGGUGAUGAAGAUGAUGAUGAUUCAUCCAACCAGCAGGAGGAUGAGGCUGACUCCAGCUCAGAUGUCUCUGCCUCUGAUGUGGAGCCCAAAGACCCUUCCUGUACCACGAAGAAUUAUUGCUACGUCUGCGGGAAAGCUCAGUCUAAAAUUUCUCGUCACCUUUUCACCCACAGGAAGGAAGAGGCCGAGAUCGCUGAAGUGUUGGCGUUACGUCGAAAAUCCAAGGCGCGAAAAAAGCUCCUGCAGAAGUUACGAAACAGAGGAAACUACAAGCAUAAUCAGGAGGUUUUGAAGACCCAAUGUGGGGAACUGAAAGUGAACAGAAGAAAGUCAAACAUGCCCCCCACUGCUAAAACAUUUGCACCCUGUAUAUAUUGUAAAGGCAUGUAUGGUCGUAAGGAAAUGUGGCGACAUAUGCGGAGGUGCCCUUCAAAGAAGUUCUCUCCUCCAACAGGCCGCAAGACUAAAAUCUUAACUUUGGUUGCUGCUUCAGUGUCUGCAGACCCCCAAGAAAUCCCAUCAGAGGUGAGGAAGCUGUUAAAAACCCUGAAGAAAGAUGAGGUUUCAUCUGUAGUUUGGAGUGAUUCUUAUAUUCUGCAGCUGGCACAGUGUUUGUGCCUCAUGAAUGAAAAGAAAGAAAGAGCCGAAGACAUCAAACAGAGGCUGAGGCUAAUGGGAAGACUCCUAAUAAUAUUAAGAAAAAAGUCGGUAAGUAGCUUUGAAGAUGCUAUCAAAACUGAAAACUUCAGCAAAGUUGUUGAAGCUGUCCGAGAGCUCGCUGGUUUCAAUGAGGAGACGAAGUCAUGUGACAGACCAAGUGUUGUGGUGAGAUUGGGAAAUUCCCUCAAGAAAAUGAGUGACAUCAGAUACGCCAGGGCUUUGAAAGAGGAAGCCGAUAAAGAGACGAUACAAGAUGCAGAGACUUUUAUGAAGUUGUGUGCAGAAGAAUGGAGCCACACCCCCUCAACAAUAUCAAAAAUAAACAGCCCGCCGACCGUACCGUUCACACAGGACGUGCAGCUCUUCUACCAGUGCAUGGAGAAGACAGCAACAUCUGCAGUCAAAAGCCUGACCAUGUAUGAGAGCGCUCCAGUCUAUAAUGCACUUCUCAGAGUGACAGUUGCACAGGUAUUGAUCCUAAACAGAAAUGUGUUUGAAGUUUCAAAAGUCACCCUCCAGUCAUUCCAGGACAGGGAGGAGACUGAGCUUCAUGGAGACGCUGCUGUUUGUCAGUCACAGUUUGAGCAAAUUCUGUCCAAGCGCAAUGUGAAGAUCAAUGUUAUAACUAAGAGUGGCAGAAAAAAUGUUGAGAAAAAAGUUGCUGUUACGUUGACACCCGAGCUGCUCAGCGCAAUAACACUGCUUGUGACCAAGAGAAAGGCAUGUGGCGUGCAUGAACGUAAUCCCUUUUUAUUUGCAAGACCUGUGGCCAUAUGUACAAGCUUCUACCAGGGACAGACGUGCAUCAGCACCUUUGCAGCUCGGUGUGGAGCAAAGAAACCAGAGAACCUCAGGUCUACUUUUUUUCGAAAGCACAUCGCAAGAAUUUUCCAGAUUCUCAGCUUCACAAAUGACGAGCUGGAUCAGUUAGCCAGAGUGCUGGGCCGGGACAUUCGGACCGACAGGGAGCAUUACCAGACGCCAGAGGCAGCACUCGACAUCGCAAAAAUCUCAGAGCUGCUCUUGGCAAUGGAGUAUGGAUCGCUUGAAAGAUUUGAAGGAAAAUCGUUUGAGGAAAUUGAGAUUUCAGAUGAAGUGCAGCCAUACGUGGAGCUGAACAAUUGUGAUGACGCUGAUGAUCCUGAAGAGGACGAUGAAGAUGCAGGCGGUUCUCUUCAGCCGAGCGAAGGCUCAUUUUCAUCAACUAAAAAACGAGUUUCUUCGUCGAGAAAACGAGGCAGAGGCAGGAGGAAGAAGAGUGAAAGUGAGGAGUCUGAGCUGAAUAAAGAGAAAAGUGAUGAGGACAACACAGAGAACAAUAUCAAAACACCUGAGGAAACACCAUCUCGUGGAUUUAGUGAUAAUGAUGAUGAUCAGGACAUGAAUGUGGACUUUGAUAUGGACAUAGACUCUGAUGAGGAUGUCAGAAAUGUGGAAAAUGAUGGAGAUGGUGACUCAAGUGCAUCAGCGGCGAUGCCUGUGAGGACAGAUGUCAAUAAAACCACGAAGCAGGAUCAUAAGAAGCAAACCACUGACACUGACUGUGAAGACACCAUGGACAUUGAUGCAGAGAAGCAUGUGGAGAAAAAAGAUAAAGAGAAAGAAAAGAAGAACAGAUUAUUAGCUGCAGUGACUGGAAUGAAAGAAGUGAAGAUAGUGAUCCCAAAACUCAGCAUGAAUUUGCAGACUCCAGUUCAUAUUUCCCAGUUAUCAUCUCUUUGUAAUAAGUGGCCGGUGAGGGAUCAACCUGACCAAGACGGCAGCAACCAGAGCGAAACAUCUUCUAGAUCCACAGAUGCCAAAAACAAGGCCGUUCACAUGACAUGCUCCCACUGCAACAAGAGCAUGAUGAUGGGACAGACUGCGUACCAGAAGAAGGGAUUCACUGAUGUCUUCUGCUCCAAAAACUGCCUGUUUGAAAUGUUCCCCAUCAACAAACCAAACACCAAGACCUGCCAUUACUGUCACAAGGCGAUAACGCAGCCUCUGGACCUCAUCAUGGCUGUAGUGGACAUUAAAGGAACUAUGAAGGACUUCUGCAGUUUGACCUGUGUGUCCUCCUUCAAGACCAACAGUGUGCCCACCCAACCACCACAGUCACUCUGCAGCAUGUGCAACAAAUCCUGCACUACCACAUGUGAGUUGACCCUGCAAGAAGGUGUCCACAAGUUUUGCAGCGACUCAUGCUUGGAAGGAUUCUGCAGGGACAACAUGCCCACCUGUGACAACUGCAGCUCCCUCUGCCACAACCAGCCGCUCAUGCUGGAGCUCGAGGAGGAAACGAAAGCCAUCUGCAGUGAGAAAUGUCUGCAAGAAUUCAAAGAGAAAAUCAAAACACCGCACCAGUGCACUAUGUGCCACACUAAUCGACCAAUGUCAGAUAUGGUUGACUACGAAAGCAGCAAGGGCGUGGUGGAGCUCUUCUGCACUCGCACCUGUGUGACGUCAUACAAGCUACGGCCUGCUAUCAUAUACAAGCUUCAAGGAAAGAAAAGCUCAGGUCGGUUGAAAAAGAGGAAAAAGGAAAAACAAUCCCAACAAAAAUCAAAUACUGAAGACGUGAUGGUCAGCUCUGACUCAACUGUAAACGAAAAUGAAGCCUCGAAAGGUGCUGAAUCGGACGCCACUCCAACACUCAUCAUCGCAGACUUGUGCGUUGUCUGUUGCAACUGCGGGAAGAGGCUGCCGAGAGGACAGACACUUUACCAGCCGAAGAGCUCGUUAGAGGUUUUCUGCUCUGCUUCUUGUCUCUCUGAAAGACACCCCCACUUCAAAAUGGUCACCAAGAACUGCUACAACUGCUGCCAGGUAAUAAUGCGGCCGCACAACGUCAUCCUGGCUCCAGUGGAUGAUUCAGGAGCUAUGAAGGAGUUGUGCAGCGAGACCUGCCUCAGCUCUGUCCAAUCCAAGAGGGACAUGGCCACCCCAAAACCCCCGCCACUAGUAGGACCCCGUUCAGAGUGCAGGAUGUGCGCCAGAUUUUGUUAUUGCAAAUUCAAGCUGACCCUGGAUGGUGUGGUCCAUAAACUCUGCAGCGACACCUGCUUCAUCAACUACCACAAAGUCAACAACCUGCCCGUGUCUACCUGUGACGUCUGCAGCUCCAUCUGCGCCGACAGACGAUACAUGCUGAAGAUGGAGGACGGCAGCAAAACCAUCUGCAGCGAAGAGUGUCUGGUCACGUGCAAAGAGAAAGUCAGGACACCUCAGCUGUGCCCCACGUGUCAGACUUCACAUCAGCUGUCAGACAUGGUUGAAAAUAAAAACGAAGAGGGCAGGUUGGACUUCUUCUGUAGCAACAGAUGUAUGAUUGUGUAUAAGGCGCCGUCUUUCACUGUGACAGAAAAGAUCAACCCUUCAUCUGAAGAGAGCGAUAUCAAAGAUGUGAAGCCGUCCCUACCAAAUCUGGACUGUAUAAAAGAAGAGCCCAUCGAUGAGGAGUACGACCAGGUUCUUCCACCUUCCAUAUUUGCAGAGGACAUCAAGGAUGAGCCAAAUGUGGCGAAGGAGGACUUGAAGAUCGAUUCUGUCUUCUCCUUGACGACAGACUCCACCUCGGCACCACCCACUGUCACCCACAUGGAUUUACAUGCGUCUUGUUCCAACUGUAAAAAGGUCCUGAUGGAUGGAGAGACAGUUUACCAGAGGAAAGGCCACGCAGAUAUCUUCUGCUCCACUUCCUGCCUUUUAAAAUUUUACCAAAUGAAACCUGUUAAGAAAACCUGCCAGUUCUGUCUUCAGUUGAUGACACAGUCUCAGCAUGUCCUCCAGGCCCCGGUGGAUAAUGAAGGGACAAUGAAGGACUUCUGCAGCCAGACCUGCCUGUCCUCCUUCAACUACAAGAAAAUCAUGUCUACCAAAAUUCCCAUCCUGCCGGUCUCGUCACAUUCACAAUGCAGCAUGUGCAGCAGAUAUUGCAUUAGCAAACACGAGAUCGUGCAGCAGGACGUCGUCCACAAGGUCUGCAGCGACCCCUGUUUUCUCCGUUUCUGCAACAUGAACAAACUGGCCAUUUGUGUAAACUGUCACUCCCACUGCAACACACCGCUCAUGCUCAGGAUGGAAGACGGCAACAAAAAACUAUGCAGUGGAGAGUGUUUGACCCAACUCAAAAAGAAAAUCAAAACACCGCAGCUGUGUGCCAUGUGCCACUCCUCAAAUCUGAUAUCAGACAUGGUUGAGAACAGAAACAGUGAAGACGUGGUGGAGCUCUUCUGCACCAGCAGCUGUGUGAUGGCGUCAAAGAUCCAGGCUGUCAGUGCAGCAGGUACUCCACUGAACUGUGACAACUGUGGAAAGACCACAGUACCGGCCUGCCACCUCGCCAUGUCAGAUGCUUCCAUCAGAAACUUCUGCACUCUAGCCUGCGCCAUGGCUUUUAAGGAGACCCAGAAAGACACGACUGCUGCCACUAACCCGACAGGAGCCUCUGACCAAACACAAUGUGAUUACCUCAAACCACCAGACAAACUGCCGUGUGCCCAGUGUCGACGCAUUAUAAAAACUACACCCAAGGUUGUGCAAAAAAAGUGCAAAAUGAAUUUCGUGUGCAGUCUGGCCUGUUCUCAAGAGUUUAAGAGGAUCAACAGCAUCAUGGGCAAGUGCGAAUACUGUAAGUAUGAGCGGAUCAUCAGAGAUGCCAAGAGGGUCAACGACAAAGACUGCUACUUCUGCAGUGACGGCUGUAAGAUGCUCUUUCGUCAUGACCUGGAGCAGGAGUGGGGGAAACACUGUCGGUCGUGUGCGUACUGCCACUCCAUCUCCAGGGCGGUGGUGACAGCGAAGUAUGAUGGCAAAGAUGAGGAGUUCUGCUCUGAAGACUGCAGCGCAAAUUACAACAUGCUCUUCUGCCGCGUCGCUAAGUGUGACACCUGCAGUCGUAAUGGGAAGCUGAGGCAGAGUCUUCCCAUGCUUGGGGAGGUCAAACACUUCUGUGACCUGAAAUGUCUCCUACACUUCUGUAAUAAAAAGCUCCAGAUGGUCAACACGGUCUCUUCACCUCCAAGAUUCUCAGGCACAGCGGAGUCCUCACCCGUCAUCGCUAACGUUAUCUCACUUGCUGGUACUCUGGCUCAGCAGACCAGUGCCUGCUCCAGCACUGAACAACCUGCCUCUGUCCCUGACAUCCAAACUAAGGUCAUUGGACAUGCCAGUAUUCAAACCAUCCCAAAGGAAGUGAAGAACAAGUCUAUGCUCUGUACACCUUUGGUCCACAACAAAGGAGUCUCCUGUACAACACAGACUAUCGACACAGAAGCACAAACAGACAACUUUCUACCUAAGGUCAUAGUGCUGCCCGUCCCAGUGCCAGUGUAUGUUCCCCUACCCAUGAAUAUGUACAGCCAGUUCACACCAAAGCCUGUGGGCCUGCCAUUACCGCUGCCUGUGCCCGUGUUCCUCCCUGAGCCGACAAUGAAAGAGAGGAUGGAGCCAGAACCCUCGGAGGGAAAACUCAACGUCAGGUCUGAGAUGGAGACAGAGCAGGAUGAGUGGCAGGAGAGAGAGAAUGGGCAAGAGGCUGGAGAGGUGACCAGAGAAGAAGACAGACAAGAAACUGAGGCCUUAAAGGACCACACCAGCAGCUGCAGGCAGGACUUGGUUGAAGAAGACCUGGAUAGUUUCAGCAGCCAGGAGGACUCAACCAGUCCACCACUCAGUCCAGCUCCUCCUCCUCCUCCUCCUCCAGACACAAGAGAGGAUCCCCAGAGCUCACCGAGGCCUGCGCCUGCUGCUCCACUGUUACAACAAACUCCGGGCAAAGUCCACAACCAGAACAAGUUGCUACAGUUGUCUAAGGAGACCUCUCAAAGAGACUGUUCGAAGGUCAUGUCUAGGAAGCACCACAAACUGAAGAGUCAGUGUGGGACUGACGCCUGGAAGAGAUGGAUUCAGUGGAGGGAAUCACAGACCAACCUGGACCCUGUGUCUUCACAUGUGCGGUUAAAGGAGGAUGUUCUUCACUGCUCCGCGGCUGAACUGAGCGACGGCCUCUGUCGCUUCGUCAGCGAGGUGAAACAACCUGAUGGAGAGCCGUACUCCCCUGACGGCCUGUUCUACCUCUGCCUCAGCAUACAACUGUACCUGUUUGAGAACGGUCGUAUGGAGAACAUAUUCAGUGAUCUGAUCUACAACAAGUUCUGCACAGACUUCACCAAAAUCCUCAAAACAUCAGUCACAGCCAGUGGUUCCAUCCACUCCCGUGUGGAGGAGGAGUUUCUCUGGGACUGUAAACAGCUGGGGGCGUACUCCCCCAUCGUCCUCCUCAACACUAUGCUCUUCUUCUGCUGCAAGUACUUCGGCUUCACCACGGUGGAGCAGCACCGCCAGCUGUCCUUCGCCCACGUCAUGCGCUGCACCAAAACCAACCCGAAUAACACCAAGACCACCUUCCUGCGCUUCUACCCGCCCCUAUCCAUACAUGAAGCAGAGCCAGAUACAGACGGUGUCCCAGCUAAAAGACGUAAGAAAAAUCAGAAUAUAGAGAAUUUCCUGGAGAUGAUGGAGAACACAGAGAACCCUCUACGCUGCCCGGUCAGACUCUAUGAGUUCUACCUCUCCAAGUGCUCGGAGUCAGUGAGGCAGCACAGCGACUUGUUCUACCUCCACCCGGACCACCGCUGCGUUCCCAGCAGCCCUCUGUGGUUCUCCUCCAGCCCUCUGGACGACAGCACCAUGGAGGCCAUGAUCGUACGAAUCCUCACCGUCAGAGAGCUGCAGGGGGACGAUGUGAGAUAGAAGAUGGACCGACAGAUACAGAAGACGAGGUGGAUUCAGACUGAUGAAGGCAGCUAAAUGACUUUUACAGUUUACAGUUAAAAAUGACUUUGAGUUUAAAAAUGUUUAAAUUGUGAAAAUCAUUCCAUUAAACAGAAAUAGUGAAAUUA